AUGUCGAAAUGUAUUGAAAUGUAUGAUUCUGAACAUGGAAUAAUGUAUUUACGUUUGAUGGAAAUGCUAGUAAUAUGGUUUGCUAUUCCGAUGAAUUCUCAUAAAAUAUCAAAUAUAAGGGAUGUUGAGGCUGAAAUGGUAACAUAUCAGGUGAAGCCUUACGUCUCUGGUAUACGACUUGUAAAUUUACCGAAUCAAAAUGAUUUCAUAACCUAUUCAGAAGCUGGAGAAAGUAUAAUUUAUCCGGAGUCGACUUUACGAGUCGUUUUAUUUGGUUAUCACCUUGACAGAAUUGGAACUAUCUCAUUAACGACUGAUAAUUGUUUUAAUUCAAUUUCGCAAAUAACACAUUCUGAAUUCAUCGUUCAGACAAUGAAACGAAUUGAUUUUGUAGCACAUUUUGCUGAAUCAGAUGCACCUUAUCGCAUAUGUUAUAAGGAAAGGAUUAGCAGUAAAGAAUCAAGCGAAGAAGAAGAAGAUAUGAUUAUGUUAGAUGAAAUGAGAACGUGGAUCAGUACAGAAAAACCGACCAGAAUUUAUUAUUUACCUAUUUACUUGCAAAUAGGCAUAAUUUUUGUAUUAUUCUGCAUGUCCGCUCUGUUUUCGGGUCUAAAUCUUGGCUUAAUGGCUCUAUCUCCUCAAGAACUUUUACUUAUUCAAAAAUCAGCAUCGUUUGGUAUUGUUGUUAUUGGAGAAAUAAUUCCUCAAAGCAUCUGUGUUAAAAAAGGUUUGGCAGUUGGUGCUUAUACUAUUUGGUUAACGCGUACAUUUAUGAUAUUAACCUUUCCUUUAUCAUAUCCGAUAAGCAAAGUGCUCGAUGUUUUCUUAGGUGAGGAAUCCCCCGUCUAUGAUCGUUGCAACGCCGAAAAUGAAGAAUUGGCAGAUGAUUUAAAGAUAGCUGUUGGUGCAAUGGAAAUCUGUGAUAAAACAGUUGGCGAUGUUCUUACAAAAAUUGAAGUAAAUUAUAAAAUCACACUUUCUGAGUUGAAAGUUAUGAGAGAUGUUUUUAUGAUACCAGAAAGUAUGCCUCUGGAUGCUGCUAAUAUUGCAGCGAUAAUUCGUCGCGGAUAUUCAAGGAUACCAGUUUAUAAAGACGACGAUAGAAAUCAUAUUGUUUCACUACUGAUGAUAAAAGACCUUGCUCUCAUAGACCCCCGCGAUAAUUUUACUGUUCGAACAGUUUGUGAUUUUUAUAAUUAUCCGCUAAGAUUUGUUAACAAUCAGUCUUCGCUACGUUCGAUGCUUGAAGAGUUCAAAGAGGGAAAUUAUCAUUUAGCAAUUGUGGAGAGCGUUUAUACCAUAUAUGAUCCAAAAACGGGAGAACGUCGGAGAGAGUUACUGGGCAUCGUCACUUUAGAAGACAUUGUUGAAGAAAUCUUACAAGCAGAGAUAGUCGAUGAAAGUGAUGCUAUCACUGAUAAUGUCUACAGGUCAAGGCGAAUUUAUAAAAAAGAUCCAAAUAUCACAAAAAUUCUCGCACAUGAAGAAUUUUCUAAAGAACUAUCAUUAGCAAUGGAAAGAAUGGUGAUUUAUUGGCUAAAACAAUCACAUUCUAUAUUUGCGGACGAAUAUAUCGACCAUAGAGCACUUUCCUCUUUGCUCAGAAGAAAUAUCAAACAAGUUGAUCUCUCGUAUUCACCAAGGAUAUUUGGCAAUUUAGUCUCAAAAGGUGAUCGUGUGCAUUUGUAUCAUUUUAAUAAACCUUCGCAUAGAUUUAUAGUGAUCAUCGAAGGACGAGCUAUUGCAAGUUAUGGAAAUAUGGAAUUUGAGACGGGCCCAUGGAAUUCGUAUGGUUACGAGAUACUUGAUCAGUUAGAUGAAUUAAUUAGUGGCGAAACGAGCGUUGAUAAAUUAUCUAUGAGUGAUUCCAUACAAUUUAUUCCUGAUUUCGAUCUUUAUGUCAAUGAAUUUUGCCGAUUUUUGCAAAUCAAUAGCACGUCAUAUCUGAAUGCUUUUGAAGUUACAAAAAUUGCGCGUGCAACUCGGUUCGGAAAGCUAUUAGGAUCAAAUCGAACUUUGACCGCCCUGAAAACUUCGAAGCGUUUGGAUAAAUCAGGCUUUCCUCGUGGAGUAUCAGAAACAAUUUUAAAACAAUUAGUUCCGAAGACUGCAUUAAACGGCAUCUUAUCUUCUGAUAUACUCACAGCAAAGCGGCGAUCAAAUAGCGAUUCGAUUCACGUUUUUGAUGCUCGAAUCAGUGAACUUCAAAAAAUUGAAGCAGUGACGAACGUAUAA